GUUGGAUCCCAUCGAUCGCCAGGCCUCUGCCAGACGCCUGUUUGUGCACUUGCAGAGGUUCUGCCCGACCCACAAUGGUGAAAGUCAGCUCCUUUGGCAGCGAGUAUGAGCUGAACAGCAAAACGGCCACUAGCAAAGCCACCGUGAAGCUGACGGACGGGCUCAAGGCAACCGUGGCGCACCGCUCGGCGAGCAACGCGAUUGCGCUGACGCUGGCUGGCAAGCAGUGGGAGGUGCAGCACGACUUCCACAAGAAGGACACACACCUCAAGUACAAGGCCAAGCUGGGGAAGAGCACCCUCACAGUGAAGCAGCACGUGCCGGGCGGCAAGUGGGCUCUGGCGCCCAACCCAGUGUUUGAGCUGAGCCGCGGCGGCCUGCUUGGCAAGCACAGCAAGGCGGUGGGGAGUUACGACUUCCUCAACCGCGUGGGCAAGCUGGAGCAGACUGUGUAUGCUGGGGAGGAUAAGGAGCACAAGGCCUACGUGAAGCUCUCCACCGCAGCGGGCCCCACCGCCGGGCUGCGCAGUAAGCUGUCGGCGGGCCCGCUGCUGCACUCGGCGGCCACCUCCUUCAGCCAGAAGGGCGGCGUGCAUCUGUUGGCCAAGAGCAAGUUUGAGGACGGCACCAAGCUGAAGACCAGCUACGGCGUGAAGAGCGAGGUGCUCACGGUGGCAGCCAAGCACACGCCCAAGAAUCUGAGCGAGGAUGCGGCCAAGGCCAGCCUCACCCUCUCUAUGGACAUCCCGGUCCGCCGGCAGCAAGACCCCAAGAUCAAGUUUGGGAUCAAGUGGGACCUCUGAGCCGGCAUCCCAACUUGGAGCGUCUCCCGGGCCUUGCGCUGCACACUAGACGUGCCCUGGCUGCCAGCUGCCAUAGCAGCGGCUGCAGCAGGCGCGGCGGCAGCCAGGGCCCUAGGCCCUCCCGCCGCCCACACUUGUUGAGCUGAGAAAGGGCCGAACGUGGCUUUUGGUUCUUUGCCAGUGCUCUCCACCCAGCACACCUUCCUGCCGCAACACCGCCCGUCUGUUUGAAGGAUUGCCACCCUUGCCACACCCAGCACUUGCAAUUUUUCUGGAGCGCUCUCACUGCCAUGCACACCCUUACACGCUGCAUGCCCCCUGUGUUCACUACCUGUCAUGCCCCUGCUGCGCAC